UAAACAUCUUGUAGACUUCAGCUGUCUUGCUAGUCCCUCUGGACCCAUGAACCCAAAGAAAUGGUGUUACCUGGCAAGAGAUCUGCACUCUCUUAUGAAAAAUCAGACCAAGGCAAGCAGCCCACUGUGAUGGGAAUAAAUGGUGAUGACAUUGCUAUGAAAUUGAUGUUGUCUGUUCCAGAAGGCUAUAGAAUUGAAGAAACACUGGCCGCAAUUAUCCUUCACCUUUCCAACAUGUAAGAGCUCUGAAAUCAGCAAAGCGAAACCAAAGAGCAGAGCUGUUUGAGGAAUACAACAAGAGAGCAGAAUUUCAGAGUGGGAUAUCAGGUCCUUAGUGUGAAGAUACGUCGAUACUAAACCAGGAAUCAUUGGCAGUGACAUUUGGACACGAAAUAUUAGAAAACUAAAAAGUAAGCAACUGUGAAGGUUGAUCAUGGAAAUCAAAGAGGAAGGCACAUCAGAAGAAGGCCAGCACUUCCUUCCCACACCCCAGGCAAAUGAGAGUGGGGACUUUCACUUGACAAGUAUUCAGAAGACGCCAAAUGAACCGCAGUUGGAAUUUAUCCUUGCUUGCAAGGAUCUGGUGGCUCCUGUUCGCGAUCGGAAGCUGAAUACCCUGGUGCAGAUCUCUGUAAUCCACCCCUCGGAGCAGGGACUGACAAGAUACUCCAGCACGGAAAUUGUGGAGGGAACAAGAGACCCACUGUUUUUGACGGGUGUCACUUUCCCAUCUGAGUAUCCCAUCUAUGAGGAGACCAAAAUAAAACUCACAGUCUAUGAUGUCAAGGAUAAGUCUCAUGAUACCGUUCGAACCUGUGUCCUGCCUGAACACAAGGAUACCCUGCCGGAGAUUGGGCGGAGCUUCCUGGGCUAUGCCAGUUUUAAAGUGGGGGAGCUACUGAGGUCAAAGGAGCAACUGCUAGCCCUGAGCCUGAGAACUUCAGAUGGUGGCAAAGUUGUUGGCACCAUAGAAGUCAGUGUCGUGAAGAUGGGGGAGAUUGAGGAUGGGGAAGCCGACCACAUCACGGCAGAUGUGCAGGGACAAAAGUGUGCACUUGUAUGUGAAUGUUCAGCACCAGAGAAUGUGAGCGGAAAAGACAACUUACCUUUUCUGAAUGCAGUGUUAAAGAACCCGGUGUGUAAAUUAUAUAGAUUUCCCACAUCUGACAAUAAGUGGAUGCGAAUCCGGGAGCAGAUGUCAGAGAGCAUACUUUCUUUUCAUGUUCCUAAGGAAUUGAUCUCUCUUCACAUAAAAGAAGAUUUGUGUAGGAACCAGGAGCUAAAAGAACUUGGUGAACUCUCUCCUCACUGGGACAAUCUACGGAAAAAUGUCCUUACUCACUGUGAUCAAAUGGUGAAUAUGUACCAAGACAUUCUGACAGAACUCAGCAAGGAAACAGGGUCCUCUUUCAAAUCAAGCAGCAGCAAAGGAGAGAAAACAUUAGAAUUUGUUCCAAUAAAUCUACACCUGCAGAGGAUGCACGUACACAGCCCUCACCUGAAAGAUGCUCUCUAUGAUGUUAUCACCGUGGGAGCCCCAGCUGCCCAUUUUCAGGGAUUUAAGAAUGGUGGUCUUCGGAAACUACUCCACAGAUUUGAAAUGGAAAGAAGAAAUACUGGCUACCAGUUUAUUUACUAUUCACCUGAAAACACAGCCAAAGCAAAGGAAGUUCUCAGCAACAUCAAUCAACUACAACCUCUGAUAGCAACCCAUGCAGACCUACUGCUUAAUUCUGCAAGCCAGCAUUCUCCAGACAGCUUGAAGAAUUCUUUAAAGAUGCUUUCAGAAAAAACAGAGCUUUUUGUUCAUGCUUUUAAGGAUCAGCUGGUGAGAAGCGCUCUGUUAGCACUUUACACUGCCAGGCCAGGAGGCAUCCUUAAAAAGCCACCCUCGCCUAAGAGCAGCACCACCGAGGAGAGCAGUCCCCAGGAUCUACCCCCACCAAUGAGAAGGCAGGACUCCAUUCCCCAUCAUUCAGACUACGAUGAGGAAGAGUGGGAUAGGGUGUGGGCCAACGUGGGGAAGAGCCUGAACUGCAUUAUUGCUAUGGUGGACAAACUGAUUGAAAGUGAUGGUGGUAGUGAAGACAGCGGUGGCAGCAGAGAUGGAGAGCAGGACCUUUCUGUCGUGGACUCCAUUAAAACUCAUCCAAGGGAGGACUGGUAUGAACAGUUGUACCCCCUCAUCCUUACCCUGAAGGACUGCAUGGGGGAAGUGGUGAACCGAGCCAAGCAAUCCCUGACCUUCGUACUCCUUCAAGAACUGGCCUACAGCUUGCCCCAGUGUCUGAUGCUGACUCUGAGAAGGGACAUCGUCUUCAGCCAAGCACUUGCUGGAUUGGUCUGUGGUUUUAUCAUCAAAUUACACACAAGUUUGCAUGACCCUGGCUUCCUACAGCAGCUUCACACGGUGGGAUUGAUAGUACAAUAUGAAGGACUGUUAAGUACAUACAGUGAUGAAAUCGGAAUGCUGGAGGACAUGGCUGUUGGCAUUUCAGACUUGAAGAAAGUUGCAUUUAAAAUAAUUGAAGCCAAAUCCAAUGAUGUCUUGCCAGUUAUAACAGGGAGACGUGAACAUUACGUGGUGGAGGUGAAGCUUCCAGCGAGGAUGUUUGAGACUCUACCUCCGCAGAUCAAAGAAGGGCAGUUACUUCACGUACAUCCCGUACUUUUUAACGUCGGAAUCAAUGAACAGCAAACUCUUGCUGAGAGGUUUGGAGAUGUUUCUUUGCAAGAAAGUAUUAAUCAGGAAAAUUUUGAACUUCUAAAAGAAUAUUACACGAUAUUUAUGGAAAAGAUGCCUCCUGAUUACAUUUCACAUUUUCAUGAACAAAAUGAUUUAAAAGGAUUAUUAGAAAAUCUCCAUCAAAAUAUCCAAGCCAAAAAGAGGAAGAAUGUAGAAAUCAUGUGGCUGGCUGCAACGAUUUGCCGCAAACUAAAUGGUAUUCGUUUCACCUGUUGUAAAAGUGCCAAAGACAGGACAUCGAUGUCAGUGACGCUUGAACAGUGCUCCAUCCUGAGAGAUGAGCACCAGCUGCACAAGGACUUCUUCAUCCGAGCACUGGACUGCAUGAGAAGAGAAGGAUGCCGCAUAGAGAAUGUACUGAAGAAUAUCAAAUGCAGAAAGUAUGCUUUCAACAUGCUACAGCUGAUGGCUUUCCCCAAGUACUACAGACCUCCAGAGGGGACUUAUGGAAAAGCUGACACCUAAGUUUUCCAACAUGUAAAUAAACAGGAACACAAACACGCUUCAGUUGGAUACUCUCUACUUUUUCGUUUUUGUUUUAUUGUCGUGAAUUUGUGGAGGGCGAUCAUCAGGGAUGUUUGCCCAAAUCUAGGAAUUACUUGAAUUACAGU